UAGUCGCUGGGAGCCAUAUCUGGUGAAUACGGUGGAUGUGGGAGCAAUUCGAAGUUGAAUUUAUGUAGUUUUGCAUGGUUUUGAUUGGUUGGUGACAUGCCACAUAUACACCCUAGUUCUGAAUGAAUGCGGAAAAAUCCUAGGCAACACUUAGCACCGGCUGUCCAAAAUAACCAAAUUCCUGUCACAUUUCAAUGUCAUCCAUACAAACUGCAGAAAGAUGGACACUGAAGAAACCACCGAAGAAAAUAAACAGACCAAUUCCACUUCACAAGUAAACAGUGCUCCAUCAACUUCGAAACUUCAUACCGUAACACCGGAAAUACAGAGGACCGUAAACAGUUGUACCAAGAGAUCGAACAGCUCCACUGAAAAUAGAUACAAAUGUGCUAUAACAUCGGAGCGGCUGACUCAGCUCAGAAAACUCACGGAAACUGCUACAAGAGACCACAAAGUUUUCACAAUCAAAGGUGGAUGGCCGAUAAUUCGGAAGGAAAUGCUGAAACGACAGUGGCUGGAAAAAGUCGAUCCUCCCAUGAAACAGAAAAUAACAUGCCUGGAUGACGUCACCUGCAACUUACCCGUCAAGCAAGACUGGGAAUCCCAGCAAACGUAUGUUGAGAAGUGCGAGAAGACAAUCUUAUCCCGCAUGCUCCAGAACCACGAGGUCGACUUCUACUGGAGCAUGAGGAAGGAGCCGGGAGAUUUGCAGCAUAGAGCCAACACUUUUAAAUUGAUAAACAGGUUCAGCAGAUCUUUGUUCGCUUCCAAAGAAGGAUUGGCACUUCUACUGCAGCAAUCCUAUUGGUACACCGAAAGCGGUGUGGCUAGCGUUAACUAUCCUAGGGUUUAUGUAUUAGGUUUUCCGGAUCACUACAACCUCUUCAUCGACGAUUUCCGACUGACAGCCUGCAUCGGCCUGCUGAAGUGGUUCGCCCAUAAGUACGAAACAGGGGACAAGCACGCCAUUCAGUCCCCAGACGGAAGAGUAUCAGAAACUGCCAUUUUAUUCGCCAUCGACCGGUGUAACGAUUACAUCGCCAGCCAAAAGCAUUUGGAUAUAGAUAAUGAAUUUGCUCAAAUAUGGGACCACGAAUGGGACCAGUUCUUCACACAUUUCCAUAUCAUUCUACACCAGGAUGGUUUAUUCGAAGACUUUUGUGAACCGUUACCAACAGUUUAUGCUAACGUUAAAUCAACUCUGAAAGAGAUGCAGAAAUAUUGGCCACAAUACGACAUAGAUGGAAUGAGGAAUAUUUGGAUACUGAAGCCGGGAAACAAAUGCAGAGGUCGCGGAAUACAGCUGGUUAAAGAUAUAACAGAUGUCGAUAAAGUAAUGAGUCUCAAAAUGAAGUACGUAGUCCAAAAAUAUAUAGAAAGGCCGUUAAUAAUAUAUCAAACCAAGUUCGAUAUCAGACAGUGGUUCAUGGUGACUUGCGUCCAGCCCUUGACCAUAUGGAUGUACAGAGACAGUUAUUUGCGAUUCAGUAGCCAAAUAUUCAACUUGAAAAAUUUUCACGAAUCUUUGCAUUUGACGAAUUAUGCAAUCCAAUGCAAAUACACAAAUGGCUCCGAACGGGACAAAGCACUGCCAGAUGAUAACAUGUGGGACUGCCAUACUUUCAAGGCCUACCUCAAACAAAAUGGCUGCAUGGAUAAGUGGAAUGAGGUUAUUUACCCAGGUAUGCAGCAGAGUAUAAUAUGUACGAUGCUCUCAAGUCAAGACACAAUGGAUCGUCGCAUGAACACAUUCGAGAUUUACGGAGCUGACUUCAUGCUAUCGGAAGAUUUUAGACCUUGGUUGUUGGAAAUUAACUGUAGCCCCGAUUUAUCUUUCUCGACCAGCGUUACAAGUAGGCUAUGUGCACAGUGCAUGGAAGACGUCAUAAAAGUUGUGAUUGACAGACGUAGAGACCCAAAUGCGGACACAGGUCUCUUCGAAAUGGUCUACAAGCAAAACUUCCCCAGAACACCACCUUACUUGGGGAUGAAUCUCUCCAUCAGGGGGCGCCGUAUAUUCAGAAACAGAAGCAGGGUAAAGUCAGAAUCCGAUAAAGCAGAUCGAGAAAAAGCCCUUAGGAGACUAAGGCGCAAUGAUUUCAUCAAGAAAGAAUUCAUGAAGGACAGCGAAAUAAAGAACAUCCUCCCGAAAAUCAUUCCCAAGGAGAAUUACAAAGGACCCGUCAUUGCGGACUUCAUCGAGGACCUCAAAUCUUUGAACGACGGUAAAGAUAGUGGCGUGGACUUCAUUCCAGCAAUCAAGUCAGAAGGGCACAAGAAGAAAUACGAAGCUAAAUCUGAGAGGGUAUCAAGAAAGCGAAACGCAAGAGAAAAUAGCAGAAUGACCAGCAGGUCCAGUAGCAGUAGUUGUUUUGGCGUUAGCAAAGAAUUGAAAAUGUCUUGUAAUGGUUCCAGUAGUUUUAACGACGUUUGGAAAGAAGGGACUGCCAGUAUACUUAGGGGAACCAAUAUUUUGAAUAAGGGUUCUGAUACCACUUACGGAACUGAUGUCAAUAAAAAUAUUUUCCUCAGCAAGAAUCUGAAUGCCUUCGAUUUGAAUAGUAUACUUAGAAGUUUUGAAAAAUGAAGUAAUAUAUGAAAUGCAAGAUAGUAAA